AUGAUUUUCAACCCCCUUGUACUUUCAUGGAUCAUUAAUUCGGUGAGCAAGGAAUUGUCUGCUAGAAUCGUCUUUGCCUCCAGCGCAGCGUUAGUUUGGGCAGAUCUCAAGGAACGCUUCGAUAAGGUCGAUGGUUCCCGAGUGUUUUUCCUUCAUCGUGAGAUUGCGACGAUGGUUCAAGGUGAGCUUUUCAUUUCUCCGUAUUUCUCGCGGUUGAAACUUCUGUGGGACGAGUAUGAUGCAUUGGUACCUCAUUCGAAUUGUACCUGUGAAAAUGCUCAGUCCAAUUCAAGGCAUGUUUCUCAACAAAUAUUGUUCCAGUUCUUAAUGGGAUUGAAUGAUUUGUAUACUGCUAUUCGAAGCCAAUUAUUGUUGAUGCAACCCUUACCUUCAGUCAACAAUGCCUACUCCAUGAUAAGUCAGGAAGAAUCCCAUCGCCUUCAGUUGUCUGGUGUUAUCCCUCUCAUGGAAUCUACAACAUUGUACUCUAGUGCUUUUGGCAAUCGUCGAAGGUUCACUGGAACAUGUGAUAACUGUAAAGUGAAGGGCCAUAAGAAGUAUAAUUGCUAUCGCCUUAUUGGUUUUCCACCUGACUUCAAGUUCAACAAGAAAAAGGGCUCCCAAGCUUCCAUGGUAGCUCAUUCUGAUCGUGAGGUAGUUUCUCCAUCUCCACCAGUCUUCACAUCUGAACAAUAUCAUCAGCUUUUGGGGCUUCUAAAUCAGGCUUCAACUCAGAAUUCUAGUCCAUAUUCCUCUAUGAAUUUGGCAGGUACUUUCUGCUCUCUUUCUCAUGAUUCAAUUGAAUGGAUUCUGGAUUCUGGAGCAACUGACCAUAUUCUGUCAGACCUUAAAUGCAUGAUUAAUCCUGUGCCCUGUACAUCCACACCUAGAUAUGUUCAACUGCCUAAUGGCAAAUCUUUUGUUGUCACACACAUAGGUUUUGUUAAGUUUUCAAAUGGUCUUCAAUUGUCUAAUGUGCUACAUAAUCUUUACAAUGGCAUGAUGAGGGUGAUUGGUAAAGAGUUUAGAGGUCUUUACAUGCUCAGUCCUCAAAAUUCUGGUUCACUUCGUAAUGAUCCUACUGAGUUGGUUACUGUUGAUGCUGAACAUACUUCUCAAGUUCCAGUUCAGUCUUCUGCUUCAAUAAAUGCACCUGCCCCUUUUAGGAAGUCCUCUAGACUACCUGAGGGUUUUUGCAGUCAGGGGGAGAGGAUUGUGUGUAGACUGCAAAAAUCAUUGUAUGAUCUUAAGCAAGCCUCCAGGAAGUGGAAUCUGAAACUAAUAGAAGCAUUGGUUUCAAUUGGCUAUGUUCAGAGCAAAUAUGACUACUCCUUGUUCAUCAAGAGGCAACAAGAUUGGGGAUCAUGCCCAAUGAUAAGAAAAUCUGUGACAGGAUUUAGCAUUAAGAUUGUUGACUCAAUGAUUUCAUGGAAAUCAAAGAAACAAAAUGUUGUAGCAAGAUCUUCAGCAGAAGCAGAGUAUAGAGCUAUGUCAGUAGUUACUUCUGAGAUGGAAUGGUUACAAAGCUUACUUGCAGAGUUUAGAAUAAAAGGCCUGAAACCUGUAAAACUUUAUUGUGACAACAGAGCUGCACUUCAAAUAGCUGCUAAUCCUGUGUAUCAUGAAAGGAAAAAGCAUAUUGAAAUCGACUGUCAUUUUGUGAGAGAAAAAAUACAGGAAGGGAUGAUUCAAACAAAACAUGUUUCAACACAUGAACAACUUACAGACAUCAUGACAAAGGCUUUGGGAAGUCAGCGACAUAGUUAUAUGCUAUCCAAGUUAGGAGUUGAAAAUGUUUUUCAACAUCCAACUUGA